UGUGGCUUUAUUAACUCAAUGAUAAAUAUAUAUAUAUUCUUACAUUGUUUACAAACUGAUAUGUGACACCUAUUAAUGCCAAAAUGACAUGCAAAAACAGGAAAGCCUCCAUUUUAUUUUUUGAAAAAAAUGUGGGUCUCAAAACAGGCCCUGCCCCGAAUGACGGGUCGCCACUGCAUUAUUGUAAUCCUUUUCUGAAUAUUCGAUGAGGGUUAUUGACGUCAAUCGCCUGUAUUCAACUGGCCUCAUGUCAUGAAUAUGCAUAAAUAUCUCGAGACAACUUUGAUAUGAACUGUUUUUUUCUCAAAUUUGCCGGGAUGUCACGUGUCCUACUUACAUCGUACCAACUUAAGCCUUACGAAACUUAUAUUCGAUCAAAUAAACCUCAAGUAGCAAAUAAGCAAUUUUUUUGUUUACCAAAUUCGACACUCAUUGACCGACAUACAAAAACUCCUAUGCUUAACAACGAAAAACCGCCACCCGCUGGAGAGAGACUGAUUUUCCUCGGAGUUGGGCUUCUCUCUUCCUCUUCCUCUCUAAUACCUCAGUGUACUGAGUUUUUUUUAUUAUUUUUAAUUACGUUUUUUAAUCAUUUCCCGCAACCAGUAGUGGGCGGCAAUACACCAUUUCCGGUGUUGUCCGCUGUAAAACACCACCACCGAAGAAGAUUAUUAAGGUCAGAUUGAUACAAGAAGUGAAGAUGCCGACUGCCUACGAGAGGUUCAAUUUGCACACCAGCCCAGAGAAGUUCUACAUUGAGGCCUGUGAUGACGGGGUGGAUGCAGUUCUGGCCAUCGACAGGGUGUCCAAUGAGAUGACCCUGACUGGGAAGAAGGAUGUGCCGCCGUCAGCCAACACCAGGCCCAUCUGUGGCAUCAUGGGAACUGUCCGCCUGGUGGCAGGGAUGUACCUGAUUGUCAUCACCAAGAAGAGGAAUGUGGGCAGCCUCUUGGGUCAUGCUGUGUGGAAGGCAGUGGAUUUUGAUGUCAUUUCCUACAAAAAGACUGUGCUUCACCUCACUGAGAACCAGACGCAAGACAACAAGACAUUCCUGUCCAUGAUUAACAACGUGCUGACUACAGAUGGAUUCUACUUCUGCACUGACUAUGACCUGACCCACACCCUCCAGAGAUUGGCUGACGUCAGCCAUGACUUCCAGGAGAUGAGCCUGCUGGAGAGGGCAGAUCAGAGGUUUGUGUGGAAUGGAAGCCUCCUGAGAGAGUUCCUUGCCCAGCCGGAACUCCACAAGUUUGCGAUCCCUGUUGUCCAUGGCUUCAUCGUGAUGAAGCCGUGCCGUGUCAACGGGAAGAUCUUUGAAUGGAUCCUAAUCUCCAGGAGGAGCUGCUUCAGAGCUGGGGUCAGGUACUACGUCAGAGGUAUCGAUUCUGAGGGCCACGCAGCUAACUUUGUGGAGACUGAGCAAAUAGUUCUGUACAAUGGAGGAAGGGCUUCAUUCGUACAGACACGAGGCUCCAUGCCCUUCUUCUGGUCUCAGAGACCCAACCUGAAAUACAAGCCCAAACCACUGAUCAGCAAGAACACCAAUCACAUGGAUGGUUUCCAGAGGCAUUUUGACUCCCAGGUCCUCAUCUAUGGAAAGCAAACAAUUCUGAACCUGAUCAACCAGAAGGGUUCAGAGAAGCCACUGGAGCAAGCCUUUGCCAAGAUGGUGACUGGCAUGGAGAACGGCAUGAUCAAGUACGUAGCAUUUGACUUCCACAAGGAGUGCAGUGGGAUGAGAUGGGAUCGUCUGAAUAUCCUGGUGGACAAUGUGGCUGAGACACAAGAUGAAUACAGCUACUUCAUGGUCGACACGGCGGGGAAGGUGUUGUCCCAGCAGAAGGGGACGUUCCGCAGUAACUGCAUGGACUGUCUGGACCGUACCAAUGUCAUCCAGAGCAUGCUGGCCCGACGUUCCAUACAGUCCCAGCUUCAGAGGAUGGGUGUCCUGCAUGUGGCCCAGCGGAUUGAGGAACAGGCCGAUUUUGAGAAGAUCUACAAGAAUGCUUGGGCUGACAAUGCCAACGCAUGCGCCAAGCAGUACGCGGGUACCGGAGCCCUGAAGACUGACUUCACAAGGACAGGGAAGAGGACCCAGAUGGGUCUGGUGAUGGACGGCGUGAACUCUGCCAUCCGUUACUACAAGAAUAACUUCUCUGACGGUUUCAGACAAGAUUCCAUUGAUUUGUUCCUUGGAAACUAUGCUGUUGAUGAAACGGACGGCCCCACUCCACUCCGUAUCCAGAAGGACUGGAAGUUCCUCACGCUGCCCAUCAUCAUGGUGGUCGCGUUCUCCAUGUGUAUCAUCUGUCUCCUCAUGGCUGGUGACACAUGGACUGAGACCCUGGCCUAUGUGUUGUUCUGGGGCGCUGCUGCCGCCGUCACCGCUGCUGUCAUCGUCUUCAACGGCCGUGACUUUGUGGACGCCCCCAAACUGGUGCAGAAAGAGAAGAUGGACUGAACCUGUGUGUAUGUGGAAAGCAACUCGGCUCAGCAGACUCCUAUACCUCUUCAUUCAACUCUUCUUCCUCUUCUUCCUCCCGGCUGCUCGAGGCUCGGACUCUGCACAUAACUGCUCUCUACGCUGUCGUCCUAGGGGGCGGCAUCCCAAAUGGCACCAUAUUCCCUAUAUAGUGCACUUUAAUGGGGUGCCAUUUGGGAGGUAGCCUUAUAGUUUCUAUUGGGGCUUCUAUUCUAACCCUGAACUCCUGUUUAUCAGGCAGCAAACCCGUUGAGGAGACUACAGUUCAGCUAUCAGACUCUCUCACCUCCUUCACUUUCCAGGCCAUCAUCCUAUUCCACAUUCCUUAGAUCAUGGUGUUUCAUUUAUUUUGUUGUCUGGUGUUUGGAGAGGGUUGGUGGUUAGCGUAGUCGGCCAACCGUGGUGACGGUUUAACCAACUUAAGGCACACAGGGUUAUUAGAGUUCUCUGAAAACAUGUCAUAACUUCAGUGACUUGCAGGAGAAUUCUUCAUUUUCCACGAAGGCAACAUAAAAACAAGAGAAUAUUCAUGUUAUACAUUAAUGAAUGGUUUCUUUGGUUUAACGUUUCUGUUUACUAUAAUUUUAAAAUGCAAUUAUGUAUUUUUAACUAUAGAAAUCCACAGAGAAACGGUUGGUAUUUUCACAGGCACUAGAAUGACUGGGGUACAUUGUUCAGAAAGAUAACAUGUUUUGGUUGUCCUAUUGAACGUGAUAAGCCUUACUUAAACUCAUUUAAAAAAGCGCUAUACAACUAAACUAGCUAGUUAUCCUAGAGAAGAAUGACGUGGGGGGGGAGAAUGUCUUCCUACUAUGAACAUAAUCAUGUAUAGUAUUUAUGAUUGGCGGCAGGGUAGCCUAGUGGUUAGAGCGUUGGUCUUGUAACCGGAAGGUUGCAAGUUCAAAACCCCGAGCUGACAAGGUACAAAUCUGUCGUUCUGCCCCUGAACAGGCAGUUAACCCACUGUUCCUAGGCCGUCAUUGAAAAUAAGAAUUUGUUCUUAACUGACUUGCCUAGUUAAAUAAAGGUAAAAAAAAAAAAUUAUAUUUAUAAGUAGGGGUGUUGUGCUUGUCUUACCAUCUUAUUUUUGCACUUUGGGUGAACAUCUAAGAAGUUGCACAUUUAGUAUUUGAUCUGAGAGGUGUGAAAUCUUUCAAUGUUCAUUCAUUGUUGGUUGUAGUGGUCAUUAUACCAGUGUUCUCCAACCCUGUUCCUGGAGAGCUACAGUCCUGUAAGUUCAUUCCAACCCUUAACUAGCUCACCUGAUUCUAAUAAUUAACUGGUUGAUCAGCUGAAUCAGGUUCGUUCCAACUGGGGUUGGAGCAAAAACGUGCAGGAGGGUAGCGCUCCAGGAACAGGGUUGGAGAGCCCUGCGCUGAUACCGUAGUUGUCAUGUGGUGGCCAUUUUCCAGCUGUUUAUAAUAACCUUGUCUUGUCAGUGUGUUCUAGUUGACGUCUCACACGUUAUGGUCUUGCUGAUGGUUUCCCCUAGCACUACUAAAACCCUCAGUGGAUUGAGUUUGACACUCCUGCUCUAGAUCAGUGUUUUCCAAACCUGGUCCUCCAGUACCCCCAACAGUAAACACUAUUGAAACCCUUUACAAGCACACUUGAUUCAACUAAUCGUCAAGCCCAUCAAUGAGUUGAACGAGGUGUGUUUGUAGCCCUUGACAAUUAAACUGUACUGUUGGUGGACCAGGGUUGGAAAACACAAAUUUAGAUACUGCCUUAACAAGCUCGCCCCACAAUGGAUGACGGGGUGGACUUAAGAGAAUCAUUCCUUGUUCUAAUUAAUAUGAUUGCGUAUGAUUAAUGGUUUUCAGGGUGUUUCCAGAUGUACUGUAUUCAUUAGAGAUUGUAUUGUAGACUGUUUAUGUUGCUAUGCCUUUCUGUGCCUGCUUUCCAGCUUGGAUUUUGAUCUUGCAUUCAUAAUACAGAAGUCGUUGUCAUGGUGUAAAUAUUCUAGAACAUAAUUGCAAUUCCAUUGCUCAUUUAGAAUGUGUUUAUUGUAAUCUGCCAGUGAUUUACUACAUGCAGUUUUAGAUCUUUAGCUAAGUUAGAAUCAUGUUGAUAUGCUAGAACUGUUUUAUUCAAGCUGGACAGUGGUAACACCAGAGGGGAGGACCAACUCAAGCUUGUCUACUGUGCUACCGUUAUGUGUUUCCAUGAACAUAUCCUUGUAAUUAUAUAUACUGUAUAUUUUUACAUUAAGAUUGUAUGCUGAGCACUUAGUUGCAGCUACUAAAUGUAAAGAUCAAGCAGUGAUUCUUUGUUUUUCUUCUUUCUGGAUGAGACUUUAGAAGAAGUGUUUCGUGUGAGUCAACAAGAGCAUUUUUUUUGAAGGUGUAUGAUUUUGCCUGGUGAAUAUUUCAGUUUCCAAUCCCCAUAUAAAAACAAUAUUGGGCUUAUGUUUCGAAUGUCUUUAUUUAGGAAUAUGGUUGUUGUAUUCAUGAUGUGGUAGUGGAUAAUAUAAUAUUUUUUUUAUCCUC